CUCACAACAUCCUGUAAGUUUUAUUCUGGCUCUACCUCUUGUCAGCUGAAGCAACACCAUGCUGUCUCUACUCCCAAACCUUGUGUGUACUGGCUUCUUCCUAAUCCUGAGGACAUUGACAGAAGCAGGAAUUCAUGACAAGCCUUCAUUGUCUGCUUGGCCAAGCCAUGUUGUUACACUGGGACAAUAUGUGGAUCUUAAAUGUGACUAUCAUAAGGAGUCUUCCAUGUUCAAGCUGUACAAAGAACUUGGACCUCCUAUCCCUCAGUUCCAUGACAGAAAAUUCUACAAAAACCUUCUCUUGGGUCCCGUGACACCGGAAUUUGGAGGAACCUACAGAUGCUAUAAUUACAAUCAUCAGUACCCUAAUGAACUGUCAUCACACAGUAACCCCAUGGAGAUCAUAAUAUCAGGAAUCUACAGGAAGCCUUUCUUGUUGGCCCUACCAACUUCCCUGGUAAAAGCAGGAGAGAAGGUGACCCUGGAGUGUCAUUCAGAGAUUAUGUUUGAAACCUUCAUUUUGACUUCACAUAGAAAGAAAAUAAUAAAGGCUUCUUUUGAGCUUUCUGCAGAAUCUCAUCUUGGGGGAUCCCAAGCAAACUUCUCAAUAGGCCCUGUGACACCUGACCAUGCUGGGACUUACACAUGUUAUGGUUCUUACAAUCACACACCAUAUGAGUGGUCCGAAUCCAGUGACCCUGUUGACAUAAAGAUCACAGGUUUAUACAAGAAACCUUCUCUGUCAGCCCUGUUGGACCCUGUGGUGAUGUCAGGAGAGAACAUGACCUUGUCCUGCAUCUCUGACCAUCAGUUUGACAUGUUCCAUCUGUCCAUAGAAGGGGUGCCUCAGGAGCACGGGCUGCCUGCAAUGCAGAACCACAGUGGGACAUUCCAGGCCAACUUCCUUCUUGGUCCUGUAAUCCAGACAGGGAACUAUAGAUGCUAUGGCUCUUUCAGUAACUCUUCCCAUGUCUGGUCAUCCCCAAGUGACCCAUGGUACUUUCCUGUCACAGUAAACUCAUCAAGAAACGGCACUUUGUGCACAGAACUGGACUCCAAAACUUAUAACCACAGGAACCUGUAUAUUCUGAUUGGACUGUCAGUGACCAUGACCCUUGUCUUCCACAUCAUCCUCUUUUAUUCUUGUUGCUCUGCCAAAAAGAGUAAGUCUCAGGAACAAGCCAGUGAGUGUCAUCUGAGAAAACAAGACCAGAGAAAUACAGCCAUCAUGGACCAAGACUCUGAAGUGAGAACAACACUGAACAGACAGGAUCCUGAAAGACAAGAAGUGCAGGAGAUGGCAUACUUAGAAUUUGAUCAGAUGAUCUUCAAACAAAAAUUGACCACUCCUAAUUCCCAGAGUCCCAAGGAAUUUUCCACAGACCCCAGCAUAUACAUGGAAGUCAGGAAAUGAUAAACUAAGAUCAAAGAUUGUUUGUACUCCAUGAGUUCUCCAAGAUCUGAGGAAGUCUUCUGUGGAGACCACAGCCCUUUUUCAAACAAGGACUGAUAGAUGCGGUGAAAUAACAGCUGGAAUCUGAAGACAGAGGUCUCUAACUUUGGAACAUCCUUUGUGAUUCUUAUAUGGUUCUCAAAGUGGCUUUCCUUUACUCACAGGUGUUAUGGUCCUCACUACCCACUCAACAGAAACUAACCUCUAUGCUUGGUCCAUGGGUCUCUAUUUCACUUCACUCUGGCAGACCUCUACAACCUGAUUAGCUGUAAAUUUUAAACCUACUUAAAGCUGUAACCAUGAUAAGUAUUUCACAACUCUACAUUAACAAGAAGCUCAUUUUUAUUAGUAUAUAUUUCUAACAUGUAAUAAUGUUAUGCAAUA